GGAGUAGAGCGAGAGUAGCGGGAGGACAUUUAUGACGUCAUAGGAAUUGUGGCCCUUGCCCCUUGUCGCCCUUGCCGUGGCCGCUGCCUGCAAAGCAUCAUGGAUGUUUGUAUAACUUCCGCCCCAGGCGAUGACUUUGGUUUCGAUUUGAGGAUCGUGCCAACAUGCCAAGGGAAGAUUGUGUUGUAGCUACAGUGGCUAAAUGGUGCCUACCAAGGGUGUGGCUAUUCAUUUCUUUUUUUCCACACUGCACCGACUGCACCACUGUGGUCUGCACCGAAGGGGUUGGAAGUGGGUUGGAAUCUCGAAGGGCGAGUCAGGCGAGUGGGCGAGUUACCAGAUUUGCCCACGUGAUAUGUGACGUUCUUCUUCAGGUCCGGUGCUUUCUUACUCAAGUCGGACCUCCCAGCCCAGGUUCGACAGAAAAGCGGGUUGCUAGGCAACUGGCUACUGCUGCCGAUUUAUAGACGAAGGUACAGAUUAUUGUAAGCUCGAAAAAGUAUACUGUAUUACCCAACUGGCAAACUGCCUGAAGCAAGGACACGGGAGCGCUACGUGUGUGAUUGACGUUUAAUGACGUCUUCAGUCGUCACAUCAAAACAAACAUGGAUGCGCCCGAGAGAACCUGCUAUCAAUGCGGGAAACCAGCGAAAUACUGCUGUCCCAGGUGCACGACCCGAUCCUGUUCUCUGCCGUGCGUUAAAGAACACAAGAGACGCCAAGAGUGCGACGGCAUCCGUGACAAAACCGCCUUUCUGCCGCUCUCGGAGUUCACAGACCUGGAUCUUCUAAGUGAUUACAGGUUCCUCGAGGAGUCUUCCAGAGUUGUCGACAAUGCAUACCGAGAGAAGCCCGUCUUAGGGAUCUUUCCCCAACAGCGUAACAUCCCAGGGUUUCUGCACAAGUUCCAGAACGAGGCGAAGCGUCGUGGGACAGACUUGAAGUUCCUGCCCAAAUGCUUCACAAAGCGCCAGGAGAACAGGUCCUGCUUCAACUUUAGGGAGAGGUGCAUCUACUGGCAGGUGGCCUGGGAAUUCGUGCAAGCUAACGUCAAGAUCAAGGAGGAGCAGAGCAUUCAUGAAAAAGAGAGCUUGGGUCGGUGCUUGGAAAAGCACCUGGACGGCGACCAGUGCAAGCCAGAGCUUCGGUCCCCUCUGCAGUUCUACCAGGCUGCCGGCACCAGGGGGGUAUGCGUUCUGCUGGCAGUCGAAGGCCAGCCCGCAUCACAGCCAUGUUACUACAGCCUUGACCUUUCAUCGAGUCUCGAAGACUGCCUCAAGGGGAAGGUCGUCGUAGAGUAUCCGACAUUCUUGGUUGUGCUGAAGGAGCAUGCAACCGGGUUUCGCAUCAUCAAGUGCGAGGAGUCGGGGUCUGCCAGCCGCACAAGCAUUCCAACAUUCUUCAGCAACCCAAACGUGUCCUCUGGAAGCAGCGACGAAGAAUGAAGAUUAGGAUGUACAAAUUGAAACUUGUAAAUCUGUGGGACUAAUAAAAGCCUCACCGAAAAGUUUUCA